UGUAGUCACCGGCUCAUCAACAAUCUCAUUGAGAACAGCAGCUGUUACACAUUAUUGAUUUUGCUUUCCUUCGGUUCUUACGUUUCAGUCAUUACCGAAACCGAAUGAAGAGCGAUGGCUCACGUCGAGGAGGGUCUGGUCAGCUGGUUAUCAGGUUGCUCUUCCUCCCUUCAGAUUAGCAUUGUGUCGGCUCUCUUCAUAAUCAUAUACGUCACAGUCUACAGCCUUUGCACGAGCUGUUUCGGUAUAUCUGACAGUGUUUCACCCAGGCAUUUUCACAGACAAGAGAAAACGAAUAUUUCGUCUGCUUCUCAACGACACAAAUUACCCGAGUCCCAGAGUGUUGAAUAUGUACAAGAUGCCAAGGACCUAAGUGAUCAUAUAUACUCACUCGUGGAGGCUCAGCUGAAUGAGGAAAAUCCUUAUGAGUGCAUUAGUGAGCCUCCAUUACAGCCUCCAUCUGACACAGCUGAAGGGGUGAAUGAGAGCCCUUCCCCAGCAAUGACAAAGCCUGAUGAUAAUCGCUCUAUCUCAGCCCUCAACAAACCAGUAAACAAGCAGCCAGCGGAGCAGCCUGAUGCUCUACCUCAACAUCCGACCGAAUCAGAACCGACGGCUGUCUAUGCUGCAGUGAACUGGAAAACCAAGAGUCAGAAGAACAUAGCACCUCUGUUUGAUACGGACACUGUGGUUGAUAUGAGUAAUAUCGCUAAGGAGGCCGUCCCUCCUAUUCCAGACAAACAUUACUAGUAUGUCAUUUAAAAUGCAUUAUUUGUAUUUAUUCAAGCCUUAAAACGUAUAAACAUUGUUAAAAAAAUCAUUAUUUUACUAUUUUAUUUAUUUUCUUUUUAUCAUAUGAACCAAUAAAUAUAUCCGUUCAUUGCCGCAACUUCGUAUAAGACUACAAAGGAAACCAACCAUGUCUGGGUUAUUGUAGGUCAGCGUGAGUCACAUGACAUAAUGCUUCGAGCCAAUACCCAGACUGGAUUCAGAGACUGAAACCCAACAUGCUCGUGCUGUCCAGACCUAAAAUCCCCUUUGGAGGAUGAAGUCCGUCGGGCACGGCGGCCGACAGAAGAAAGCUUAUAAUCCCCAGACAUCAUUACAUGAUGAAUGCUUUCUUCUGAAUGUCUGUUUGCAAAUACACAAUGCUGAAUAUUUAGGAAAUAGACCAAAUGAUGUAGGUGAAAGGGCACACGUCCGUGGACUGCUCGGGAAAAUGUCUAAACUGGGCAAUUACCUUAGAAUGACUUAAAAUAAUCUGCCUAAAAUAGUCUG